AUGCCAUAUACUGCACCGCUCAAGUCUUCGCCUUUCGCGCAGCAUAUUGAGAACAUUGAGCCGGAGUCUCAGUCCUGUCCCACGUCACCUACCUUGGUUGACCCGCCGGCGGACGACCACGCCUGUCUCGGUCUUACUCUUCCACGGCCUAUGCAAUCUCCACCUCCACGAAGUGACGCUUUUAUCCCUCCUGGGGCAAUGAUCUCUCCUCCAGAGUCUGCCCAAAACUCUAGUGAUGAAGAAUCCACGUACGGUCACAAGGAGGGGCUUCGCCUGCAGGAGUUGGAGGUAGCUGUGAGGUCUAUCGAGCAGAGGCGUGUUUCCUCUCCGGAGCGAGAAACCCAAGAGAGGAAGCCAUCGUCCAGCGUAACACAGACAACUAAUCCUACUAAGAAGCAGUCUCAUCCACCUCUUUCUAAGGAAGCGCGCAAAAUUUCCCAUUCACGCUCAAUAACAGAGCACGCCAUUGAUCUAAAGCAAGAGGAGGCAGUGACGAGCUCCCCCGAUGAAAGCGAUGGAGAUGACGACCCGCGGGCGAAACAACCCAUGGUGCGUAAGAAGUCGGGGGAACUCGUUAGACCGGCUCUCCGUCCGCCUUCAGCGCGACGACGCCCGUCGAGCAUGCCUGGGACACCAACAUACGCUAAGGCCGUUCACUUUGAUGCCCAGCUAGAGCACAUCAGGCACUUUUUGCAGUUGGAUAAGCCCCAGGCUGUGAGUGCUGGCGGAUCUCCAGUAGACGAUUAUGAAUCUGAAGGCGGCUUUCCGUUCAACAAGGAUCAGCCGGACAUGACUUCCUUUGAAUGGGAUAUUAGACUCCCAAACUUCCCUAGAGAUGUUUCAACCCGAGCGCAUCAACGAGUUCGGCUUGAACGUCUGUUUCUGUCGUCGGACAAGAACACCUUGGUUGGUGUGGUGGCAGUUGCUAAUCUAGCCUUCCACAAACAUGUCGCAGCUCGUUUCACAUUCGAUCAUUGGAAGACGAUCUCUGAGGUUAUUGCAGAAUACAGUGACGAUGUUCGCCGUAAGCAGAUUAAUGAUGGAUAUGACCGAUUUUGCUUCAGUAUCAAGCUGGACGAGCAGGCAAACCUAGAAAAGAAGACCAUGUUCCUUUGCGUUCGUUAUUACGUCGAUGGACAGGAAUUCUGGGAUAACAACCGGACAAUGAAUUAUCAGGUUACCUUUCUUAAGAUUCCUACAUCGAAGCCCGAUUCUCAUGGUCUGCCUGUCAAGCCGAUCACAGUGUCUCGCGCUCCCCUUCCUCGGAGCAAGACCUUUGCCGGCUCUAGCGCCAACAACCAAGGAAAGUCUCCGUCUUUCGAUGACUUUUCGAGUAUGAACGACUAUCUUUCCUUUGACCGCAACACACGAGGUACUAAAUAUCGGCCUGCGUAUGGAGUUAAAUCACAUGAUGACGAUACGGUGGCUCCUGUGCGUCGUGACAGACAGUCUUCCCAGAUAUUUGGUAGUCGUUAUGACUUCGAAACAUCUUUGAAUGCUGCGAUGCGCACAAAGUCAGCACAUGACCGGACCACGCUCACCGCUCGGGCAAAGUCUGAAGUUUCCCCACCAGGGGCUGAAAAGUACAGCCCUGUUAGGGGAAGAGGGGCGAUUGUCGACCGGCCUCUGGGCAAUAGUCAUUCACAGCCAAGAAGCCAACCUCAGACUGAACAAUCGAAGCCGUCCUCUUUAUUGUCAAGCAAGCCUCAUCGAGAGUCCUCCGUAUAUAAGGAGCUUGUUGACCGAUAUUGCUUCUUCGGCUCCUCGAACCCUUCCCCCAGCACUCGCCCCAUAUCAAGCUUGGAUAAGUCUUCCUCUCAGUCCUCACCAACAGCGUCUCCCAAGAUGGACGCAGCUACUGGUGGCAGCUCCCGCAAUUCUUCACCCACCCCACACAGUUAUCCAUAUAUCGAGCCCAUGCAAAGCAGUUUCCUCAAGGAAACACAAAGACCAGCAGUUAUUCAAGGAUGA